GCGUCCUCAAAAACCUCCUCUCCCCGAAAGCGCACACAACAGCAGCAGGUAGAGACAGAUCCGUCCGCGCGCCCACCUCCUCGCCGAUCGGGGGUCCGCCGCGGCCAGAUCGCCUCGGUGCGGAGGUGGCCGAGGGGAGGAGCAGCCUCCCGGAUCCGCCUCGCCGUCAGCUGAUCGGGGCGUGAUCCGCGGGGUGAAGCAGCAAUGACGGCCGAGGGGACGGCGUGCAACGGCGCCGGCGAGGCGCCCAAGGCGGAAUUCCCGCCGGGGAAGGCGGUUCCCGCGCCGCCGGAGGAGAAGGCGGCCGCGGAGCGCGAGGGCGAGGACGUCGGCGGGCCGUUCGUGAUCGUGAACGGCGGCGACUCCGACGGCCACUCGGACCGCGGCUCAGAUCUGGGCAGGGCGCCCGACGAGGACUCGCCCUCCGAGGAGGACGACGUGCACGCCUCCAAUGCGGCUCCGGACGCGGCCGCGGGCGGGGAUCACGGGGCCGCCGGCGGGGAAGUGGGCGAUCCGGGUGCAGCACCGGUUGCUUCGUCGGCUGACGGCGCUGAUCGUGCUGCCGACGGGUCUGAGGCUGGCGCGGAUGAGGGCAGAGGUGAGCUGAGUUUAGAUUUUGUUACUGAAGUGCCGCGGCAGAAGGCUGCCGUGGAAGAGCACGGUGGGGCAGCUGCUCCGGCUUCCAGUGGGAGCGAACCUGCAGUCACUGGUGCUGACUCUGAGGCACCUGCUGUGGAUUCCGAGGUUGAAGGCAAGGAGGAAACAGUGGAUGAAAGUGCUGCUACUGAUGCCGCUGAAUCAGUGGCGCACGAGGCAGCUAGCAAUGAGCAGGAUAGAGAGGAUGCUGCUGCGGAGUCCUGUGGGCACGAUGAUGCACUAACAUCUGCCAAAUUCGGUUCUGCUGUCGUGGAAUCCGAGGUUAAUGGAGAGGAUAGCAAAGAAGAACAGAGUCCCGCUGAUGUUGCGGAACCAGUAGUGCAGGGUACAGGUGGAUCAAUUGCUUUGGUGGAAAAUGGGCAUCAUUGUCCCGAUAUGAGGGCUGAUUCGUUUGAAGCUGCAAUUGAGUCUGAGAGUCAAGAGGAUGCUGCUGUGGAGUCCCUUGUGCAUGAUGAAGCCCCACUGCCUGCCAAGUCCAGUUCCGUUUCCAUGGAGUCGGAGGCUAAUGGGGAGGAUAGCAAAGAAGAACAGAGCUCUGCUGAUGUUGUCGAGCCGGUGGAUGGUACAGAUGAUGCAUGUGCUUUGAUGGCUAAUGGGCAUGUUUGUGCCAACAUGAGGUCUGAUUCAUUUGAAGCUUCAACUGAGCCUGAUAAUCAUGCUAACGAUAGCAAACCGGAACAGAAUGCCACUGAAAUUGCAGAAUCAGCAGAGGAGAAUGCUGUCUGUGACUGUGAGGAUGGCAUGGAUGCAUCGCAGACCAAUGGUCAUAUUUCUGUUGCAUUAAGUUCUGACUCUUCUGAGUCCGAGGUCCAUGCCAUUGAGACGGGAGGGCAAGAAACUAAUCAGCAAGAGGAGGGAGCUCAACCAACUCAGGUUGAAGUAUUGGAAGGACUGCUAGAAGCAGCUGACAGAAACUGUGAAGGUAGUGUUGAGGAACUCAUAGAAGAGAAAGUCAAUGCAGAUGGACAUAGCAAUGCAGAAGGUGGUGCUGAUGCGUCUAGGGAGUCAGAAAACGUGGACAAGCAGGUAGAAGGUGAAGCCACAUGUGGUAUUCUUCAAUUAGAAGAGAAACUAGGCAACGGUGUAGACAGUUCAUGUGAUGACUGUAUAUCUGCUGUUGUUUCCUAUAAUGAGGGAGUAGAGCUUCCUGUGGGGAAAGCGAUAAAUGAAGCUGUCCCCGAUAUGUGUGAGCUGGAGGAAGUAACUGAGAAUACAAGCCAAGAGACCGUGCAGGGUGAGGUCAAGGAUGGGGUUUCUAUUUGCACACUUCAUUCUUUGAAACCAGAAGAAUCAGAUCCUUCUGUUAAAUCAAGCCUGGAACAUAAUGUCCAGGCAGAAGUUGCCACAGUUGAUGAAACUGCAGCAGAGUCAGAUUUGAAAGCUGACAAUGUGGUGGAAGUGGAAACAGCAGCUCGUGAAGUUGAGGAAACCGAGGUAAAAGAUGAGGCAGAUCUAGCUCCUUUCUUAUCUCAGCAGAAUUGUGAAUCUUCAACAGAAACUGUAGAGCAUGAGAAGAUUGAAGCACCAAGUGCUGGGCAGCCUAAUGUAACUGAGAAUGAUGUAGCAGAAGUAGAACCAACGAAAGAGCAUGAGAGGGAGGUUGUUGAUGCUGUUCCAUUGCAGGAAGCCUCAACUUUCCACAAUGAGCCAAGGUCCAUUGAUUUGGUUGACAGUGAUAACAUCAAUCAUUCUAGCUCGGUUACUGAGCUGGAAUCUUGUGACCAUGUACACACUGAAGAGAGCAGAUCCAGAGAAAUAUCGGAGACCGCUGUUGAGAAACUUGUAUCUGGUGCUUCUUUAGAACAUGGAACUAUGGUGCGCGAUGAAGCUGAAAUCACUCCUGAAACAGAAAAUGGAUCUCAAGAAGAACCUAGUGAUGCUGCUGUUGAUCAUGGUGAACCUGUCGAAUUGAAAGGUGAACUUGAGGUUGAUGAUGCUCAACUUGGCUCAACUACAGGGUAUGAUUCUCUCGCGUUUGAUACAGCUGGAAGUAUUUCCGAAAAGGACGAAUCGAGUGAGACUGUUGGAGGUAGCAAAUCACAGGAAAAACAGUCAGAAAUUUGUAACACAUCUACUACGUCUGAUGAACUUUCUGCCACAAUUGGAAAUGAAGUCCCCUCACCAAUUAACGAGGUAGAUGAGACAUGCAAUGGUACCUGUCCUGAAAAUGUAAAUGUGUCUAUUAAAUCUUCUGAAGAGGUCGAAACCAAAUGCUUGGAAGCAUUAGAGCCUUCAUCCACCGACAUUGCUGUUCCAGCAGAAGACAAGGAGAAUGACCAACAUGCUCCUGGUGGGCUGCAUGGAGAUCAUGCAGAGGUCAUUGGGCCACAAAAGGUCCACAUGAUAAAAAUCCCAAGAUUUGCAGGUGAAGAUAUCUGGGCUAAGACGCAAGCUGCACAGGCUCACUUAGAUCAACUUACCCAGGAGAGAGAUGCAAUUAAUCGUCGUAAGCAAGAGCAAAAGGCUGUAUGUGAUCAAUACAGGGAGAAGCUAGAGGCAGCACGGCGAGAAGAGAGGGAAGCUAGGGCUGCACAUGGGGAUAAGAAGAAUGAUUUAAAUAGUGUACGGUCAGUGAUAGGGAAAAUGCACCAAGCAAAGUCCAUUGAAGAAAUUGAUGAGUUGAUUGUUAUGAAAGAGAGGACUAUGCAACAUGAGACCAUUUCUUUGAACGUGGAAAAGCAAUUACUUAAAGAGAUUAAUGACCUAAAAGCCCAACGAAAGCAGUUGUCCUCCAAUAUGGGCUCAAAGGCUGAAAUCAAUGAGGCAUUCGACCGAAAAGAUCAUAUUCAUGAACGGCACAAGGCAUUAAAGAAGGAUUCAGAUGUCUUAUUCACGAACCUGAAAUCCCUAGAGGAGAACACAAGAAAGAUUCUUAAAUCCUUUGAUGAUGAAAAAAUAGCACUCAGGAAAUUAACUGAGGAAUACCGAGCUGCUAAUGAAUUACGUCAAAAGGCCUACAGUGAGUGGUCUGAGCUUAAAGCAGAGCCCUGGAAGAAGAAUCAGUACUUUUUCAUGUACAGGGAUGACCGGAAGGCAGCAGAGGUUUACAAAACUUCUGGUGAUAUGUAUGGACUUCUGUCUUACUGUAAUGAUCAGAUCGAGAGAGUUAUGAAAAUGUGGAAUGAAAAUGAGGACUUCCGCAAGCAGUAUGUUGAAGCAAACAAGUUUAGCACACUAAGGAGAUUAGGGACCCUUGAUGGACGAAGACUUGGCCCUGAUGAAGAUCCUCCAGUCAUUCCAACCAGGAGACCAAUGAAUGCAUCUCCAUUGACUGCCUCAAGCCCGGACGUGCCCACUUUAACUUCAGUACCACCACCUGUAUUGGCUGCUCCAGCUCCAGUCCCUGCUAAAGAGGACUCUUUUCCUGUUUUGCCAUCCCCCCAGAUCAGUAAGCGCACCAAAUCAAAAGCAUCUGGUAGCUCUGCACAGAAUGAGAACAAUGCUGUUUCGACAUCAGAGGCAGAAGAUAUUAAACAAACUGAAAAGGAAAAGGCUCGUCUAAAAGAGGAACAAUUGGAGUUAGCUAGGAAGGCAGAGGAGUUGGCCCGUAAGGAGGAGGAAUUAAGAAAAGAGAGGGCCGCGGCUGAAAAGGAGCGGCUCCGGUUGGAGCAGAAGGCUAAGGCUAAGGAGGCCGAGGAGCGGAAGAGGCGUAAAGCAGAGAAGGAGAAGGAAAGAGCUGAAUUCAAAGCACGGAAGGAAGCUGAGGAGAGGGAGAAGAAGAAAGCAAAGAAAGAUAAGAAGAAAGGCACAACGCCAGCAGACUCCAGCGCUAUCGGUGACAGCAAUGCCGCAGCAUUGGCUACAGCGGAUAGUGACAGCAACGCUUCAGACAACCCAAGGGAAGUUGAGGCUUCUCAAGCGACAGCCCCCAAGAGGCUAUCUAGACCGGCAGCUGCCAUCAAGCAGCUGAACAGGGUGCAGCCCAUGCCAGCGCCCCUGCGUAACAGGGGCAGGAGGAAAAUGCGGCAGUACCUCCUGAUCACCGCGGCAGUGCUAUCGGUUCUCGCGUUAUUCGUGGCUGGCAACUACAUUCCCAAGUUGAAGUCGCUUCACCAGUAAAUUUAUCGGCACUCCCUAUGGGACGCCUAGUCCAUAGGGACGGGAGGUGGUUUCUGAUAGUAAAGGGACGGCAGGGCGAGUCCACAGGGGACGAGGAGGUGGGUUCUGAUAGUAGCCGGACGGCCAUUCUGCCGUGGUGAACUUGUUCUGCCUAGAUGGUGCUUCUUGGAUUUCGACUGUUCCCGGUUGAUUUGUAUUUAUUUUCCCAUAUAUAGGUUGUGAAAGUUGGGGUUGCAUUGUGUUAAAAGUUAUCGGAUGGUGGUGACAUAUUCGUUAGAACAUGGUAAUUAAUAAUAACUAUAGAUUCUUUUUUUGUA